UCUCUCUCCCCCCUAUCCCUAUAUGACGUUUUUUCUUCUCCGAUGUUCCAACAUAAUAAUAUCUCAUCUUCUUAAUUCAAUUCCCACCAUUAAAGCCUCUCUCUUUUAUAGUCUUUGCUUCUCUCUUACUACAGGUACCGAUUCUCUACAGCCACUAUCACUCUGUUUUCCUUUCCUUCGUUUCACUUUACUUCAGCCCUCUUUGAGCGCCAUUCUUCGCGAAAGAGACAGCCAAAGAACGAAUCUUUAUUUCCCUUUUGUCGGUAUGUUUCACUUUCUUCUUCACCGGAGAAGCUGAGUUCUGUGUCUGCCCUUUUGGUUUCUUAGUUGAAAUCUGGAUUGCCCUUUUGCUGGUUUCGAAAUUUGUGGGUUGGAUCUGAAGAUUUCGCCUCUCUUGUAUCGAGAAUUCUCAGAUUGAUGAUGGAGUGAACUCAUGUUGUCUGAACGAGGAAGAUCUCUCUGGUCAAUGCAGUGUUAAGGAUUAUACAUUCUGCUUGAGAGUGAUAAAUCUGAGAUGGGUUCUGGUAAUCUGUUCAAAGCGAUGAUCGGAUCGAAGAGAGGAAAAGAAGGAAGGCUCAAGAAAGAGAAGAGAUCUUCUGCUACUGUAAGAUCAAAAGAUGUCAAGAAGAGCGGGCAGACAGUAAGUGUCUCCAACAAUUUUACGGUCCGUGAUACCGAAACUCGGGGAAUUCCUAUCGAGGAUUUGGCUGCAACUCGGAUUCAGACUGCGUUUAGAGCCUACAAGGCUAGAAAAGCUUUACGCCAUCUAAAAGGGAUAGCACGGGCAAAGUUGUUGGCUGAAAAGCAUUAUGUGAAGAAGCAAGCGGCGGUUACGUUGAGGUAUCUCCACUCGUGGAGCCAAAUACAAUCACAGGUAAAGGCUCGUCGGAUUUGCAUGGUAACAGAAGACCGGUUGAAGCAAAAGAACAUCGAGAAUCAACAGAAGCUCGAGGCUAAGCUUCAUGAUGUCGAGGUGGAAUGGAAUGGUGGGACGGAUACCAAAGAGGAAAUUCUCGGGAGGAUACAUCAAAGGGAAGAAGCGGCGGUCAAGCGGGAAAGAGCUCUGGCUUAUGCUUUCACCCAUCAGUGGAGGGUUGAUGGUAGAACACAGUGGCUCGGGAACUAUGAACUGGGCAACACUAGCUGGGGUUGGAGCUGGAAAGAACGUUGGAUCGGGUCUCGCCCUUGGGAAACACGUCAUCCGUCUCCAUCCAUCACUCCUAAGAAGCCGCAGAGCGGAAAACCAGCUUGCAAGAACGAUAAAAACGGGAAAUCUCCAUCGAUGAAAUCGCUGUCUGUUUCAGACAAAGCUUCAGUUCCCAACGGGAAAACCGCGGCGAAAGGACGGAGAUUGUCGUUCCCGGGCGCCGAAAAACCCGCAACUCGUGAAGUUCAGGCAGUUUCUUGAUUGUUUAUAGUAUUCUUUCAAUGUGGAGAAAGUAUAGAUACAUGUCGUCUUCAAUGUCAGCAAGAACAUAAUUUUCACAAGUAGAGUGUCGGUUUGUUAAGAGCUUCUUUGUUCUUUUGUUGUUGUCUCUGUUUUUUUUUUGUAUGUAAAUACAUAUGGUUUUGCUAUCUGUUUCAUGGGAGAUGUUUGACUUUGGUCAACUCCUAUGUCUCAAUUUCCAAUGGAUGCUGGAGUGAUGAUGUUAUGAAUAUUACAUUGAUUUGA